AUGCUGCAAUUGAGGAGUUGCCUAGGAUGGCGCCUCGGCUAUGGGCGAUUUAAGUCCACGUUGGUGCAGAAUGCUGGUCAAUACGAUGUUGUUGUCAUCGGCGGUGGCCAUGCCGGCACCGAGGCAUGUGCCGCAGCUGCUCGAAUGGGAGUUCGCACUCUAUUAGUUACCCAUAAGCUGGAUACCAUUGGUGAGAUGUCCUGCAAUCCCUCGUUUGGUGGUAUUGGAAAGGGGCACCUGUUGCGUGAAAUAGAUGCGUUGGAUGGCGUCUGUGCGCGUUGCUGUGAUAAGUCUGGCGUGCACUACAAGGUGCUGAACAGACGGCGUGGGCCAGCGGUGUGGGGCCCGAGAGCGCAGAUCGACCGGAAAUUGUACAAACAGGAGGUGCAACGAGAACUAUUUGGAACCAAAAAUCUGGAAAUUCGCAGCGCCGCUGUGGACAACAUUCUAAUUGAAUCGGACGAAAGCAGCAGCAAUAGCGUUCGCUGUGCCGGUGUUAUAUUAUCCGACGGGGAGGUGGUACGAAGCCAAUCGGUGGUUCUUACUACGGGCACUUUCUUGCGCGCCCAUAUCAACAUUGGAUUGGAGGUGCGGCCUGCAGGGCGGAUUGGCGACGCUCCAGCCAAAGCGUUGGGAGAGGCUUUGGAUCAGAUGGGUUUUCGCAUGGGUCGCCUAAAGACAGGAACGCCGCCUCGGCUUGCUAAGAAGAGCAUUGACUUUUCAAAGCUUCAACGGCACGAUGGCGACAAUCCUCCAGUGCCUUUCUCAUUCCUCAACCGGCACGUCUGGCUAUCAGCCGAAGAACAGAUGCCCUGCUAUUUAACUUACACGACACCUCGCGUUAACGAAAUCGUGCGCAACAAUCUGCACGUGAAUCGACACGUUACAGAGGAGAUAACUGGCCCACGAUACUGUCCCUCAAUCGAAUCGAAAGUGUUGCGCUUUGGAGUAAAGAACCAUCAGGUGUGGAUCGAGCCGGAAGGGUUCGACAGUGAUUUGGUUUAUCCGCAGGGCGUCUCCUGCACCUUGCCGCACGCACAGCAAGUGGAGCUUGUGCACGCCAUUGAAGGUCUGGAAGAGGCUGAGGUGGUACAGCCCGGUUAUGGUGUGGAAUACGACUUCAUUGAUCCUCGCGAGCUAUAUCCCAGUCUAGAGACGAAACGUGUGGCCAAUUUGUUUUUUGCCGGCCAAAUUAAUGGCACAACUGGCUACGAGGAGGCUGCUGCCCAGGGAAUCAUCGCAGGUGCCAAUGCCGCGGGUAAGACACUGCACACGAACGGCCAUCAGCUGACUAUCAGCCGUACUGAAGGCUACAUCGGGGUCUUGAUUGAUGAUCUCACAUCUCUGGGCACCAACGAGCCUUAUCGCAUGUUCACCAGUCGUGCAGAGUUCCGGCUAUCGCUGCGGCCGGACAACGCGGAUAUGCGACUCACGCAAAAGGGAUUCGAAUACGGUUUGGUCUCUGAGCAGCGCUACCAACAUUUUAAGCACACUGAGCGGAAGAUUCACGCAGGCAUCGAGGUACUAAGGGGUUUGCGCAAACACAGUAAUUUCUGGAGGCAAGCGCUUAGUCUGCCCAAAGCCAAGGCCUCUGUGGAGAAAUCUGCUUUUGAUAUGCUCGGCAUACCUGCUGACGAUAUAUCCGUACAGCAAAUAAUAGACCUCUGUCCAAGCGACCUGAACUGGUUACGUGCGGAUGAUGAUAUAGCGAAUCGACUGAAGAUAGAAGCGCUCUAUGCCUAUUUUGUGGACGAACAGCAGCGCGAUGUUGAUGAUGUACGGCGAGAGGAGAGCCUCUGUAUUCCCACGGACAUUGAUUAUUUUUCCAAAUCCCUGAGCCUUUCUAAUGAGGAGCGACAGAAAUUGAGUCUCAUACAGCCCCAAACGAUUGCCGCUGCCAGCCGGAUUCAGGGCGUAACGCCCUCAACAAUUGUGAGAAUUUUGAAAUAUGUGAAGAAGGCAGAUGCGGCAAGAAUUUAGAUUUAGAAUCCUAACUAUUUUGUUUUCUAUGAUAAGUAGUAAUAAAUUGGUUUUUAAAAUGAA